AUGUCGGCCUUCCCGGGCCUCCCUUUGCAUAACGAGGCCCUGAGCAUGGGCCUCGUGUGCCCUUAUGGUAAAGACGGUACUGGUGUGGGAGACUACUAUAAAGACCCUAUUCCUCUAAUGGAGAACAUACCCUUUUCGUUGUCGGUUAAAUCUGCGCCGGGGCGGAGCCAGCCCUGCGCCGACGCCGACGGGGCGCGCCGCUCUUGCCGGACGAACACCAAAUGUGUGAUAUUUUUAGGAAUGUUGAUUGCCCCCUUCCUGUUUCCGGCGCGCUCUGAUCUGCCGCGCCAGCGGGCUCAGCGGCCAAUUAGUGAUGAA